UGGAUACUAGACAGUCUUGUCUAAUUCUGCUGGGAAACAACAACUGCAGUGGGGUGACAGAAAGGAUUUUAAAAGAGAGGAACCUGUGUUAGGAUGAUGUGGCGUAUGCGCAGUCGCUCCAGGACAAUCUGUCUGUCCUUGGCCUUCAUCACAGUUUUCCUCUACCUCCUCCUGGCACUUGUCUCUUUUCCCAUUUACCACCAGCCCUGUGACCCCCCACUGCCACCCAGGACACACAUCCUGCGAGACCUGGCACGCAUCAACUACACCUCUGUGGGGAUGAGUGGUCCAGCUGAGCCACCAACUGAUACCACACAUAGAGAUUCUUCCAAUAAAGAUGCCAAUAAGGAUGCCAAAGGCCACGCCAACCAAGCUGAAUCUUUGGCGUCUGGGCUCUCAAAGCUGGAGGCGUUGUUUGAUCAUCCUCUUUACAAUAUGCCCAGCCUUCCAAUCCCUGACGAGGACUGGUUGUUGAAAGUAAAAUCAAAGGUCAAGGCUAGUGAGAAGAGCUCCCAGAUGUGGGUGAGUGCUAGUCAGGAAGACCACGAGGACAUCCAGUGGAACAGCAGCAGUAACAGCCAUCCUCCCUGGCUGCGCUUCCACCUGGGCAUCUCCCGCUGGCAGCUGUACCCCCAUCCUGACCCCAACAUGGAGCUUCUGACCCAGCAUCUCGCCACACAUCGCAUCGUCAGUGCAGUGCAGAAGUCUGGGGGGACGCAACUGAAGCUGGUGAUGUCAUUUCCUAACUAUGGACAAGCUAUGUUCAAACCCAUGAAGCAGGAGAGAGAUGAAGAAACCAAUUACAACCUCUACUACUUCUCAGACUUUGAGAGACACAAUGCAGAAAUUGCAGCUUUUCACCUGGACAGGAUUUUGGGUUACAGGAGAAUCCCUCCAGUGGUUGGGAGGCUUGUGGAUGUGGUCACGGAGAUAAAAGAUGUCACUACUGACCGCAAGCUGGCCCGAACCUUUUUUACCUCCCCUGUGGGUAGUGUAUGUUUCUACGGCCAGUGCUCCUACUACUGUUCAACAGAGCACGCUGUAUGUGGCCGUCCCAGAGACCUAGAAGCCUCCUUGGCUUUCAUGCUGCCGGAUCUCUCCCUGGCAUCCCGCAGGACCUGGAGAUCCCCCUGGAGACGCUCCUACAGCCGCAGCAAGCUGGCAAAGUGGAGGACAGAUCCAGACUACUGUUCGACAGUGAAAAAGACCUCACCAUACAACAAAGGCACAAGACUGGUGGACUUCAUAGAUAUGGUCAUACUGGACUUCUUGAUGAGUAACAUGGACCGUCACCAUUAUGAAACCUUUGAGAAGUUUGGCAAUAAUACUUUCCUACUCCACCUUGACAACGGGAGGGCAUUUGGGCGUCACUCCAAAGAUGAGCCUUCUAUCUUGGCUCCUCUACAACAGUGCUGCAGAAUCCGGCGCUCCACCUGGCUACGCCUGCGUCUACUGUCUCUGCCGCAGUAUCGUCUUAGUGAUGUCAUGAGGGCCUCGCUCUCACAUGAUACCCUUCACAGGGUCGCUCCACUGCUGUCGGAGCCCCACCUCGCAGCUCUUGAUCGGCGCUUAAAAACUGUGCUGGAGACUGUCAGUCGUUGCCAGGAAAGACCAAGUAAAGAUGGUGGUGAAGGUGAGGUCAUCUAUGAUGACACUGCCUACUUGAAAGACAUGGUCACACCUGCUGGGUAGGAGAAGUGAUAUAAUAUAUAUAUAUAUAUAUAUAUAUAUAUAUAUAUCACAGAUAUAAUGUCAUAGUUACAAGGACUUGUAACUAAUGGUGUCUUUACAGUAAAACAGGUUGUGUAAACUAACAAAAAAUCUGAUAGACUAUUAAAAAAUGUUUAAAGGUUAAGAAUCCUUUAAAAGGUUUAUAAGCAUUAUUAUUAUUAGUAGAUGGUGUAUUUAAAAGUGAUGACAACAAAAUUGCUCCGUUACUCUGUUUAGUAUUUUUUUGCAUUCUGUGACAAUAAUAAUUUUCCCAAAAACAGAAUAUUUAAGCAUAUUAUUUAGUAGAUUUUUGUUCUAAUGCCAAUGACAGUAUGUACAGUGUAAAACAUUACUUGUCCUUGUUUGCUUGAUCUUUUUUUCCCGGUCUGUAUUUCCCAAUUAUUUUUUUAAUUAGUUUGAAAGAUCCCCUCUAGACAUGUACUACGGCAUAUAUACAAAUAGUCUGCUCGGUGAUGUGACAAUGAUGUGUGUCUGAAAAAAUAUCAUUUUCACAUUAAAAUCCUACAUCUA